UAUAACUUCUAGGGAGAAAGUUUUCAAUUAUGUAAACUUUAUGGGGGUGAUGUGUAUAUAUGAUCAAACACAAGGGUAUGAUUUGUAAAAUAAAUGUUCAAAGCUAAUCGGCGUUGUGGUCUCAUGUAUUCUUCCUAGUCGGCGGUGUGAUCUACUGAUCUAUAACAGUAUAGCAGCCCCAAUCGAGAGUAACAAUGGCAGCAAGAGGAUUGGCAGUGGAGGCCUUGACAGCUUACAGAUCGCUACUCAGAGCCACCAGGAAAUCAUUUGCCGGAGACACGGUGAUGCUCGAAGGAUCGGCGGCGGAGGUGAGAAAGAAAUUUGAGGAGAACCGUCAUGUGACAUCGGAGCCGGAGAUUAGGAAACUCCUCGAUGAAGCACGCGAAGCCUCUGAUUUCAUAUCUAAUAUGAUUGUGCAGGCCAAGCUCAAUUCUCGCGGCGGCUACGAAGUGAAGGCGAGCAUGGACCAUGCAGGAGCUACACUUGAAAUCCCUUCUGAAGAAAUUCUUAAAAAAUCAGUCUGAUGAAAAAAAUAUAUACAGAAGCUAGUGAUUAGGCACCCAUCCAAGUGCUUCUUUGUUUGUUCAUCUAUUUUCUUGUGAUUCUGUGCUCAUAUUUUUGGGACUUAAAUUCAUCAUAAUUUUGAAGUUUUCUUUUCCAUGAACUUAUAUAACUCUAUCUUUCAGCUGCUUUUCCUCUACAGUUCAUGAAUUUGUAACCAAAUAACUCCUAAAUCAUUUGCAUUGUUGCAAUGGAAUCGAUAAACUAUUGACUA